AUGGCACACAUGAUCUGGGACUAUGCUGGGACCCCUGAGCCUACAAGAUACAUGACUGAAGAUGAAGUGAAGGGGGCCAAGGCCAAGCAAUACUUUCAACUGUUUUUCACUCCUGAUGUCAUGCAGCACAUUCUUGAUGAAACUAAUGGUUAUGCCAAUAGACAAAGGGUACAGAAUCCACAGAAGCAUAGGUCCAAAUGGUAUGAUGUAUCUAUGCCGGAGCUAGAAAUUUUCCUUGGUAUGACAUUGCUGAUGGGCAUCAUUCGUCUUCCUACUUACCACAUGUACUUUCAAACAGAACAUAAGUUACUUGCUACCAACAUUGCAGAUCCUAUGGCCAGGGGCAGAUUUCUUCAGAUCAAACGCUAUCUCCAUGUUGCUGAUGAGACUGUAGCUGACCCAGAUGACAAACUGAGAAAGGUGAGACCAUUAUUGGAUUUGGUCACCCCUCAUUUCGCUGAAGAAUAUGUGAUGGAUCAGGAGACGGCAAUUGAUGAGGCGAUGAUUCCUUACAAGGGGAGACUGAACAUCAAACAAUACAUGUCUGCCAAACCAACAAAAUGGGGAAUCAAGGUAUGGUGCUUGAAUGAGGAUAGGACUGGAUAUGGUUGGCGACUUCAGGUUUACACUGGGGCAGGGGCGGAUGGCGUACCAGAGACAAAUCAAGCCACAAGGGUUGUCCUUGACCUGAUGUUUGGUUUAGGUGAUCAAGGCUAUCAUCUGUAUACAGACAAUUUGUACACCAGCCCCAUACUUGCUUCUAUCCUACAGCAGAAUCAUAUCUGCACUUGUGGCACAAUCAGGGUAUACCCACACCCCAGGCGAUACUUCCAAAGAGAAAUCGUUGUCACAAAGAAUGAGGCGAAACGGCUGGACCGUGGCAACUAUGUCUGGAGAACCAAUGGUCCCCAAGUUGCCAUGAGGUGGAUGGAUAAAAAACCAGUCUAUCUGCUCUCAACCAUUCAACCUCCACAUCUUGGUAAUGAUCAGUUGCCAAAUGUGAGAAGAUUUGCCAGGGAUGGAGAGGCCCAACUUAUCCCUGCUCCUCCUGCUGAAGUCGAGUACGUCACCAACAUGAGAGGGGUCGAUCGCGCUGAUCAGAAGAUACAGCUCUACAAUGCAGUUAGAAAAAGUGUGAAAUGGUGGAAAAGGGUCUUCUACUAUCUGAUUGAAGUGUCCAUCAACAAUGGCCAUAUCAUUGAAACCAAACAGAGGCAGAAAUAUGAUAUCAAGACAAGGUCGAUUCUUGAUUUCAAAGUUUCACUUGCUGAGGAGCUUAUUGAUGGGAGGUCUGUGAGAAAGAAAAAGGGAAGGUUCUCAGGGGAUGAUGUGAAUGAAGCAAGGCUUGAUAACACUGGACACAUGCCAGUACACAGUGGGGAUCAACAUGACUGCAAAGUCUGCAACAGCAAAAAAAUUGCAACCCAGCAUCAUGGAGAUGUGCGUCCAAAGAACUCAGGACCUGGCUGCACAUACUUUACUGAACGUCACAGGACACAAGUCCGCUGUGAGAAGUGUGAUGUAGCUCUCUGUAUGUCAAAGGACAGGAACUGUUUCAGGCUGUAUCAUAUUUACACUAGGUACUGGGAACAUUAG